UAGAAUUAGAAAACCAUUUUGAAGACGACUGCUACUCUGUAUAAUAAUAAAAAAAUCAAUGCUUCAAAAACCAACAAAAUAAAAUAUUCCACUUUAUACCUAAUAAAAAGGAGGUCCUAGGAUCUCCCAAAUAUCACCAUAAACCCAACUGUUGUACGUCUCUCUCUCUCUCUACCUCUCCAACUCACUUUUGGAAGAAUCAAUGGUGGAGCUAAAAGCAGGAAGCAGGCCGCCGUGGGUGGGAUUAGGUGCCGCUGUGUGGGUGCAGAUUGCAGCAGGAAAUGCCUACACCUUCUCUCUUUACUCGCCCUCCCUCAAAUCAGUUCUCGGAUUCAGUCAGCAGCAGCUCACCAUUCUCGGAGUCGCCAAUGAUAUCGGAGAAAAUGUCGGGAUUCUGCCUGGAAUCGCCUGCAACAAGCUCCCUCCCUGGUCUGUUCUUCUCAUCGGUGUUUUCGCCUCUUUUUUCGGAUAUGGUGUUAUCUGGCUCGCUGUUAGCCAGACUCUUCCUUCCAUGCCUUAUUGGCUUUUGUGGUGUGCAUUGUGUAUUGCCACAAACAGCAGCGCAUGGCUUGGCACAGCAGUCCUCGUCACCAACAUGAGGAACUUCCCUCUCAGUAGGGGUACGGUUGCUGGAAUACUAAAAGGUUACGUUGGUUUAAGUGGUGCCGUCUUCACAGAGGUGUUCAUUAUGGUCCUUAAUGGUUCGGCUUCAAGCCAUUUGCUACUCCUAACACUUGGAAUUCCAGCUAUAGGUCUGGCAAUGAUGUACUUUGUCCGGCCCUGUACUCCGGCCUCUGGAGAAGACUCACGGGAACGUGGCCAUUUUCUUUUCGUGCAAGCAGCUAGUCUUACCCUCGCCGUUUAUCUUCUCACCACAACCAUUUUGAAGGACUUCUUAUCUCUUGGAAAUACAAUCUCCUACAUAUUUAUUGCUGUGAUGAUUAUUCUUUUGAUGGCUCCUCUAGGAAUUCCCUUGAAAAUGACUUUGUUCCCCGUGAUUAGCGAGAAACGGGGCGAGCAAUCUGAUUUAGUCGGGGACAAAGGUGAUUCGAAUCCAAUAGAUCCUCUACUGAGCCCAUCUCCGUCAGCAACCAAUCUUGGAAGUUAUUACGAGUCUGAAGAUGUCUCGGAGGUGGAUAUGCUUCUUGCUGUGGGUGAGGGUGCAGUUAAAAAGAAAAGGAAACCUAGGAGAGGAGAGGACUUCACUUUUCGUGAAGCUAUUGUAAAGGCCGACUUUUGGCUUCUAUGGUUUGUUUACUUCUUCGGAGUCGGCUCAGGAGUAACCGUCCUUAAUAAUUUGGCGCAGAUUGGUGUUUCAUUUGGUGUCAAUGAUGCUACUGUAUUGUUGAGCGUGUUCAGCUUUUGUAACUUUUUGGGUCGCCUUGGAGCUGGAGUCAUCUCAGAACACUUUGUGAGGUCGAAAACAAUUCCUCGGACAUUUUGGAUGGCCAUAACACAAUCAAUCAUGAUCCUGACGUUUCUUCUAUAUGCUUCAGCCAUGAAUGGCACCCUCUACGCUGCUACAGCGUUACUAGGGGUUUGCUACGGCGUCCAGUUUGGUAUAAUGAUCCCAACCUCAUCCGAACUCUUUGGGUUGAGAAACUUUGGCAUAAUAUUCAACUUCAUGCAGCUGGGAAAUCCUCUUGGGGCGCUUAUCUUCUCCGGUUGGCUUGCUGGUCAGGUAUACGACUCGGAGGCUGCUAAGCAGCUAGGAUCGUCGUGCAUAGGUCCAAACUGCUUUAGGCUCACAUUCCUCGUCUUGGCGGGGCUUUGUGGCAUGGGAACUUUGUUGAGCGUAGUUCUCACAUUAAGACUAAAACCAGUUUACCAAAUGCUCUAUGCUAACGGUUCCUUCCGCCUGCCUCAGAGCUCCGGCCACUGAUUACGAGAGGACUUAUAUGUGUUGAACAUCAUCAUCAUCUAAGUUGUUAACUCUUAGAAUUUUGCUGUGUGAAAUAGGCAUGAGUUUUAUAAAUAGAUAAGCCUACCACCAUGUUUAUUGUGAAGAGAAGAACAAAAUUUAGAUGCAUAAUAUGCAGAGUUAUCUCUUUCUGUA